AUGUCUCGAUCCCGCCAUGCAAAACCUUCCAAAUUGGUCAGAAAGGAAGAUUUAACCAAAAAGAAAAACAUCCAGCUGAAGAAGACAUCCAAGCCAGCCAACAAAAAUGUGACAUCUGUCAAGACUGUGAGCCUUGGAAAAGUAAAGCAAUUCCUUCAAGAAGGAGAUGUUAAGAAAAAAACAGAUCCUAAACCACCUAUGCCAGUCAGAAGCCUUCUGACAAGAGCUGGAGCAGCCCGAAUGAAUUUGGACAGGACAGAGGUUCUUUUUCAGAACCCGGAGUCCUUAACUUGCAAUGGCUUUACAAUGGCUCUCCGAAGCACCUCUCUUAGUAGGCGGCUUUCUCAACCCCCAGUGGUUACAUCUAAAUCCAAGAAAGUUCCACCUUCCAAGAGUUUAGAAAAGCAACAUGAGUCUGACUAUAAGGUAGUCAAUGAUACGGGAGGAAAGUGCUCAGAAAAUGAUUCGGUCCCCAUCCAAGAUCAAGAUCCCCUCAUCCUCCCUGAUAUAGAGAAUCUAAUCAGUGUACAACAUACAUCUUUAAUUGAAGGUGAGAGUCAAGAGACAACUCAGUCUUGGUCUCAAGGGAUAGAGGAUACCAAAUUCCAUGUACCCGUUCAUAGUAGCCCUGCAGCAGGGAUCCUUUCUGGGCCAUUGGAAGGGACACAUUGUGGUGAAGGACUAUUCUCUGAACAGAUAUCAAAUGGUAUCAGUGAUUCUCCUGGAAUGUUUGCUCAGGACACUGUAGGUGCUCCUUUAAUCCAAAGAUCAGCCCCCGAAGUUACCUCUGAAAGUACCAUUCAGUUAGAAGAUUUGGGUUCCCAAGUACAAUCUCUGAAGCUAACUGAUUCUUAUCUGGAACCCAUGAAGAGUGAACCUACUUGUUUCCCAUCUCCCAGUUUUAAUAAGAUUAUACCUGAAUUAGAUGUUAGAAAUUGCUUGUCUCUUGGUGGGUCUGUAUAUCCCAACACUCUAAUAAAACUCCUCUUGGCAGGCUCAGAACCAGAAACCCUUGGUGCUAAACCAGAUCAUCCAGGGGCCUUCAAAUCUACCCUAGAUCAAGAGGACGUUCCUGAUACCACCUCUGCCCUAAGACAGGCCUUCAGUGCUAUCCCUCAUCAAUGGGAAUUUCCUGGUGCUAACCCAGUUCAUGGUGAGGCUCUCCGUGAGACCCCAGACCCACCAGAGAUUCCUGGUGCUAUUUCGGUACAAGGAGAAGUCUUUGGUACUAUCCCAAACCAACAAGGAAUGCAUGGUGUGGUUGGGGAUGCUGCCCCAGACCUGCCUACUUUUCUUCCUAUUGUUCCGAACCCAACUGCUACUUGUAAUGCUCCCCUCAACCUCAAAUGGCCUGAGCCCCAGAGCGCUGUCCCAUAUGGGCUUGAGGUCCAGAGUGCUAUGCCAGUUUUGCCUCUGGGCUCAGGACACACUCCUCAAUUAUCAUCGAACUCCGAGUUAGGUUCCAUACCUCCAUGGACAACUGCAAGCAAUGUAGAAAAUGAGAAGCACGUUCCAAGAAGCCUUCUGCCAGCUCACACUCAGGGGUUCACUUCCACCCCUGUUUCACUGGGUGUGACCCCAGUCUCCCAAGCCAAUCCCAGCAUAUCAGAAGGAGGAAAUUCCCAGGUUAGCAUGACCAGCUUGGCUGAUGUUAACACCACAGGGACAUCUGUGCCAGUGUCAGUUGCCAAUACCACCUCUUCUCCCUCUACCACCUUGCUACCAACUUUGGAAAGAAAGAAACGAAAGCGAUGUGGGGUCUGUGAGCCCUGCCAGCAGAAGGACAACUGUGGCGAAUGUACUUACUGCAAGAAUAGAAAGAAUAGCCAUCAGAUCUGCAAGAAGAGGAAAUGUGAGGAGCUGAAAAAGAAGCCAUCUGUGGCUUUGGAGGUUAUAAAAGAAAACAAGAGGCCCCAGAGGGAAAAGAAGCCCAAAGUUUUAAAGGUAGAUUUUGACAACAAAUCAGUAAAUGGCCCGAAGUCAGAAUCCAUGGAAUUCAGCAGAUGUGGUUAUGGGGAAGAAAAGAGUUUGGAAUUGAAUACACAUCCCCUUGAAAAUGUAACUAAAAAUGAAGAAAGCAUGACAGGUAUCAAGGUGGAGAGGUGGACACAAAACAAGAAAAUACAUUUAACAGAUCAGGUCAAAGGAGAAAGUGUAACAGAGGCUGAAAAAUCAAAAAACUCUGAAGAUGAUAAGGAAGAAAUUAAACUUCCUAAGUUGUUUGUACCAACAAUAAGUAAUGGCAUUACAAAUGUACAGUGUUUACCAAGUGAAACAAAUGUGUCAUUUAACAAAUUUAAUAUUGAAGAAUUUGAUAAGUCAUUGGAAAACAAUCCAUGUAAAUUUUUGAAAGAUACUGCCAAUCAUAACAAUGCCAUGAGCUCUAUUCCUUCUAGUGCAAGUGGUGGUCAUCUCAAGGGGAAGAGUCAUAUGUUACCCUUCCCACAGCCUGGCUUUAACUGCAUAUUCGUUGAAAAUUCUGCAAACUUAAAUAGUCAUACUAAUGCAUACAAUGAAGGUGAUCAACCAAAACCUCCUGAGAACAUACCACGUAAAGAAACAAAAGAUGGGUCUCCAGUUACAUCAUGUAUUUUAUCCAUGAUGCAAGAUAGGAAUUUAACUAUAGAACAAUUGGUCGCCAUAGAGGCCCUCACACAACUGUCAGAAACCCCAUCAGAGAAUUCUUCACCAUCGAAGUCAGAGAAGGAUGAAGAAACAGAUCAGACAACAGCUUGUUUCCGUAAUAGUUACAAAGUUAUCCUCUAUUCUGUAACAAAAGACCUCAAUGACCCAAACUCACCAACCCUUCAUAACUGUCCACCUCUCCAAAAGGAAAGUUCAUGCAACACAGUAGUGUUCAAUGGCCAAAAUACCAUGUCCAAGUCACAGCACAGCUCAGCCACUAACCAAGCAUCUGCAGAACCACAUGAACAUUCAAAAGUAUCAAAUUCGGACUCCCUUUUUUCCCCAAAAUCAAAUUCAUCUAAUAUUGAUACCAAUAAAAGUGCAUUGGAAGGCAGAACUAGUGACUUGCCUCACUUGUCGCCAAGAAGUAAUAAAUUGGAGCAAUCUAACCAGUUAUUGGACAGUAAUAAAAGUUUAAAUUCAAAAGAUGAUCCAUCAAGUCAAGAUGUAUCCUACAGUCAAAUUGAAGAAGAUGUUGCAACACAAUUAACACAACUUGCAUCAAUCAUUAAUUUCAACUAUGUAAAACCAGAGGAAAAGAAUAUUGAAAGUACCCCAACCAGCAUUGUUCCGUAUAACGUGCAGCAAAAAAUGAGUCAGGAGAAGGGCACAAUUCAACAGAAACCACCACCAAGUGUGCAAAAUAAUCAAGCUCCAUCAUUACCAAAGCGAAAGAACACAACCCAGAAAAAGACAAAAUCUAUCCCAUCAAGAGAUCGUCGGAAAAAGAGGCCUCUGGCUAUAAACUGUCAAGAAAACGAGCAGAAGCAGCAGGAGCAGUUGUCCUAUGAGUAUAGUAAGUUACAUGAUAUUUGGGUAGCAUCCAAAUUUCAAAGAUUUGGUCAAUUUGGGUCACAUGAUUUUCCUAUUCUGCUGGGGAAAAUUCCUCAUUUUGGUAAAGUACUCAAACCACUGACUCAAGCCAGUUUAUCCCUACAACAGAAAAAAUUAUUUCCUCCACUCACUCAGAUAAAAUUUGAGAGAUACACUGAAUCAGUACAGCAAAAAAUGAUGAAGGUUGAACCAUUGGAUUCUCUCCCAUUACUUCCUAACAAAACAGAAUCUGAUGGGCAGCAGUUUACAGACAAAGCUUGUAAUUCUCAGGUACAGUCAACAGUGAAUGUCAAUCAGAAAGCUCAUCUUUUGCCCCUGGCCUCCUUUCCACCUAACCAGUGUGCUAAUGUGAUGGCUAUUGAUGACCAAACACAGUUUCAAGAAGAUAUUCAAGAGCAUCUUGUGCAUCAGAGACUGACAACAUUGCCUGGUGUCUGUUAUGAGACACCCUUACCAGACCCUGCACAUAUUCUCAGGAAUGUAAAUGCAGGAAGUUCAGGAGGAAUUAGAGUGGUUUCUAUCAAAACUGAAGAGACAGUCUGUUCAUCUAGUGUUGAAACAUUAGAUUUUUCAAUGGUAGAUGGUGUACAGACAAGUUUUAAUAAUGCCGUGAACUUUCUUAGUAACCCUGCAAAAAAGCUGGCGGCUGCAACAAAAGAAUCAGAAGCUCCGGCUUGCAACUGUCUUGAUCGAGGUAUACAAAAAGACAAAGGCCCAUAUUAUACACACCUUGGGGCAGGACCAAGUAUUGCUGCUGUCAGGGAAAUCAUGGAGAAUAGGUAUGGCCAUAAAGGAAAGGCAGUAAGGCUAGAACAAAUUGUAUACACAGGAAAAGAAGGAAAAAGCUCUCAUGGGUGUCCAAUUGCUAAGUGGGUUAUAAGAAGAAGCAGUGAGGAAGAAAAAGUUCUUUGUUUGGUCCGUGUGCGUACAGGCCACCACUGUGAAACUGCUGUGAUGGUGGUGUUCAUCAUGAUAUGGGACGCCUUAUGUCCUCCAAUUGCCGAUAGUUUGUAUCAGGAGAUUGUUGAGAGUCUACGGUCAUACAAUGGUCAUCCGACAGACCGAAGAUGUACCUUCAAUGAAAAUCGUAACUGUAUAUGUCAAGGAACUGACCCAAAGACUUGUGGAGCUUCAUACUCUUAUGGCUGUUCAUGGAGCAUGUAUUUCAAUGGAUGUAAAUUUGGUAGAAGCCCAAACCCCAGAAGGUUUAGAAUUGAUCCCAGCUGUCCCAGACAUGAACAAUUCUUUGAAGGUAUUUUACAGGGUUUGGCUACAGAAUUAGCUCCAUUGUAUAAGCAGAUGGUUCCUGAAGCUUACAAAAACCAGGUGGAAUAUGAACAUGUUGCCCAAGAAUGUCGACUUGGUUAUAAGGAAGGUCGUCCUUUCUCUGGGGUCACUGCUUGCCUAGAUUUCUGUGCCCAUUCCCACAGAGACAUACACAACAUGAAUAAUGGAAGCACAGUAGUAUGUACUUUAACCCGAGAAGAUAACCGCACCCUGGGUGUUAUUCCUGAGGAUGAGCAGCUCCAUGUCCUGCCUUUGUAUAAACUUGCCGACACUGAUGAGUUUGGGUCCAGAGAAGGGAUGGAAGCCAAGGUCAAAUCUGGAGCCAUUCAGUUCCUUCAACCAACUUGCAAAAAAAGAACACGUUUUACUCAGCCUGUUCCUCGAUCUGGGAAGAAGAGGGCAGCAAUGAUGACCGAAGUUCUUGAGCGCAAGAUUAGGGUAGUGGAGAAGAAACAAAUGCCUCGAGUCAAGCGGAAGAAUAACUCUGCCCUGGCAAAGAACAGUAAAACUUCAUUGGUGCCGCUCCCAGGGAAUAAUAGUGAGACAGUGCAACCUGGAAUAAAAGGUGAAACUAAACAUCAUUUUAUCUUCAAAGGUUCAGAGAACACUAAAUGCUAUUCAUCGACCCCAUCCAUUCCUCCAACAGUGAAUGAGGCAACCCUGUCUCCAGUAUUCUGUUACCCGAAGACUUCUUCCAUGCCAACAGCUCCAUUUAAUUUCAAUAAAGUAGCCUCCUCUGGGUUUUCAGAAAGAAGUAGCAUUCCCCACUGCACAAUGCCUUCUGGAAGACACAGUGGUGCUAAUGCAGCUGCUGGGGAAGGCACUGGAAUUGCACAGCCCAGCGACCUGGCUCCUCCUCCCUCCCUGCCUCCUCCCAUGACAGAUUCCCUUGCUUUUUCUGAGCCUCCCACUGGUCCAACUGAGCAGCUAACUACUAAUCAGCCAAAUCAGCAGCCCCCAUUCCUCAUUUCUCCUCAUGAGCCUGCUUCCUGUCUGGUGGAAGAAGAUGAGCAACAUUCUGAAGCAGAUGAGCCUGUAUCUGAUGACCCCCUAUCAGACGACCUUCUUUCACCUGCUGAGGAAAAAUUGCCCCAUAUCGAGGAAUAUUGGUCAGACAAUGAGCACAUCUUCUCGGAUCCCAAUAUUGGUGGGGUGGCAAUUGCGCCCACUCAUGGUUCUGUCAUGAUUGAGUGUGCCCGGCGAGAGCUUCAUGCUACCACUGCUGUGGCCCACCCAAACCGCAAUCAUCCUGCUCGCCUCUCCCUUGUAUUCUACCAGCACAAAAACCUGAAUAAGCCCCACCAUGGUUUUGAACUAAACAGGAUUAAGUUCGAGGCUAAAGUAGCUAAGAAUAAGAAAAUGAAGGCCUCAGAGCUGAAAGACCAGGCAGCUAACAAGGGUGCUGAAUUGUCCCCUGAAAUAAAUGAAUUGAACCAAAUUCCUUCUCAUAAAGCAUUAACAUUAACCCAUGACAAUGUUGUCACUGUGUCCCCUUAUGCUCUAACACAGGUUGCAGGGCCCUAUAACCGGUGGGUCUGAAGGCUUUCCUCCCCUUCUUAAUGCCUUUCCUCAUGCAGUGUAUUUUUUCAAGGUGCUGUUAAGAGAAAGUCAUGUUGUCGUUUACUCUAUCUUCAUCUCACCCAUUUCAAGUCUGAGGUAAAAAUUUUAAA